UUUACAAAAGCAAGUACCAACCAAGGCUGCCACAACUUGUCUUUUUACAAAAGCAAGCAUAGACCAAGGCUGCCACAACUUGUCUUCUUAUAAAAGCAAGCAUCUUUGUGCUCACGGGUGCAACAUCAGUGACAAAAUUUGUAGGGAAGUGGUUGUUCAAAGGAAGUUGGGGAUACUAUAAAUUGAGCCAAUGAGAGGACGGCAACAUAGCACUAGCCCUUCAUAUCUGAUUGCAAAGAACACACUACAUCCAUAGAGUUUCCCAUGGCCGGCUACCAAAGUUCGUUUACAAGAUUUUGGAUGAUGGACGAGGAAGACGACGACAUGCAUCACUUAGUAGACGACGAUGAAGCUGAGCUUGCGACAUACAACCACCUUGUGCAAUGCAAGAGUUCUCAGCGUCGACGACGGUCGGAUGCGCCACCUAAGCAAAUACGUCCAAGAAACCUGGGUGAUGCUGAUGGUCAUCAAAGAAUUUGGCUUGAUUAUUUCGCUGAUCAGCCUGUGUUUAAUGACAGGCAAUUCCGAGAAAGGUUUCGCAUGCGGAGGCAUGUGGUGUUACGCAUUGUAGACGCUGUUCAAGCUCGGAACCCCAACUACUUCACUAGGAAACAUGAUUGUUGUGGGAAGUUGGGACUUUUCGCUCUUCAAAAGUGUGUCGCGGCUCUUCGCAUCCUAGCAUAUGGCUUGCCUACUAAUGCCAUUGACGAGUAUGUUCGUAUAGGUGAGUCCACUGCUAGAGAAGCAUCACGACAUUUCUGUCGAGCUAUCAUAGACGUCUAUGGUCCGUAUUACCUAAGGGCCCCAAACGCCGCCGAUGUAGCAGGCUCUUAGCGGAGGGUGAGCAACGCGGAUUCCCGGGGAUGCUAGGUAGCAUCGACUGUAUGCACUGGGAGUGGCGGAACUGUCCAAGUGCAUGGAAGGGCAUGUUCACCGGACGUGGGAAGCAUCCAUCUAUGAUUCUUGAAGCGGUUGCAUCGCAUGACCUAUGGAUAUGGCAUGCUUACUUUGGGAUGCCAGGCAGUAACAAUGAUAUAAAUGUGCUUCAAAGAUCUCCUGUUUUCUCUU